UAUAUAAGACACAUCAUCUCUGUAGUCACAGUUGUCCUGAACUCACUGUUACAGCACUUGUCAAAUUGCACUCAGCAUGCAGGAUCACAGUCUCUUCAACAGGUGGGCUGUUCUAGCCUGGUGGCUGGUGUUUUUGGUGCUUGUCAAGCAGGUGACCUGCAGUCCUGUGCCACAAUUGGACACACCCUCAACCUCUGUACAAGAAGUUCAAAGGUCACAUAAGAGAACAGUGCGAAUGACCCCAUUAUGGAGGAUCAUGGGUACUAAACCUCAUGGAGCCUACUGCCAGAACAACUAUGAGUGCUCUACGGCAAUAUGCAGGAGAGGCCACUGUUCCUAUAGCCAACCAAUUAAUUCCUAGAAAAGGAGACUCCAUUAUUCCUCUCUGAUCUGAAGUUUUAGAGGCUGACCUGAAUCUACACACCAUUAUGCAUGUACCUAAUAUAAUCAGAUGGCAAGCUUGAUUCAGUGAACGGGUCAACUGAAUGUGCAAUGCAGUUAAUCAUCAGUUAACUUAGACAUAUAGACAAGGCUAGGGCUGACUUUUCUAAUGCCACAAAGGAGGCAAUAGGUUAUGUUCUGAAGCACUUCUCAGUACAGUGGAUCAUUGUGCUUAUCAUAAGGUACAUCAAAUGUGGACUCUCUUGAUAGUGCAAAGAAAAAUCAACAUAAGCCUCAUAACCUACAUGUGCAGUGGUAUUGCUCUAAACUGGAAGCAUUCUUAGUGAGAUUUGGAUUCUGACAUGGAGUGAAAAUGUUUUCACACAGAUUUGAGGUGGUGCAAGGAAGGUAUUUAUGUUUAUAAUGUAGAAUGUUGGGCCAGUUUCCCUGAGCUCAAUUAUUUACAGUCAUUGUCCUGGAUUGUGAAGUGAAGAAUGAUCCUUACCACUAAAGGCUAAUCUCAGGAUUAAACUUGGUCCAAACCUGGAUACCGGUGGGUAUGCAGCAUGUUACCUGGAAGCUAUAUAUGCAAGUUUGGGCAAAUGUAAGGAUGCACCAUGCAGUGCCUUUACUCAACCCAAAUGUCACUGAGCCAAAGUUAGAGGACAGGAACAGAGAAUAUACAAAGGUUGCCCAAUAUUUAUAUUGUAUUUAAUAUAGACUCCUUACAGACUCCUAUUGACUCCUUUACCUGUGUUUUUUGUUACUAUUUAUGUUGCUAUAUACAAGUGUCUCAUUGAUAAGUCAGCCACCUUAUCUCAGAACUAGGCAUGGAUUUAAAGUCAUUUUUAUUGAUAUUUGAUGACCUAAAUAUUAUGUUCCUUUUUCAAUUUUGUAUGCCUCAACAGUUCAUUUCAAGUGCCUUUUAUUAUGCAUCUGACUACAAUAUGUAUUUCUUAUGUAGCCUAUUUCAGUAGACUGUAGGCUACCGUAACACUACAAUCUAUGUGCAUGUCUCAUAAGUUAAUAUUGGGGUUUUGAAAUAAAUAUGUAUUGUGAAAUAAUUAGAUUUUUCUUCAAUUUAUUGUUUUUGUUAAGUUUGCCAACAACUUUUUAGCAGCUGUUCAAAUAUAUAUAUAUAUAUCUCUCCCUGGUUUCAGUUCAGCAUAUAUAUGCAAGACUCUGUGGUGUGAUCAAAGUUAGGUGCUGAACUGAUACCAGGGAUCCACACACAGCAGCCAUUUAGCUGAUAUGACAGAUCUAGACUGAAAAGAGACUGCAAUGCAGAUUUGUUGACUAGUGUUCAUAUAAAUCAUUUUGAGAUUGUGACAAACACAGACUAAAAACCAAAAACAAUUAUGUAAGAUGAUAUUACUGCAUUUUCUGUUUUUUAUUUUUAUUUUUUUUUACUUUUAUUCGCACUUCUGAUAUCUUUAACCUAUAUAAACCUAGCUAAAAUCCUAAAUGAAAAAUGUAAUCAUUUUAAUUUGGAACAAACUUCCAGGAUCACAGUCUUUAUUGAUCACUCAGUAUUGUGUUAUCAAAUGUCUUCAUUUUGUAUUGUCAUCAAUUAAUUUGUUCAAUAUAAAGAUGGU